AUGAGCAGAGCAGCAUUGCACAGGUCCUACCAGCCGUUAAAACCCGUCACUAACCGCUAUCUGCAGCAGCGAUGGGACCAGGACAACUUUGAAAACCACCGCAGGAAGGUGAGCUCUGCCCUGCCUGUAGUGGAAACGAGGGGCAUGAGGACACCGGCUCACGUCCAGCUCAAACUGAAAAAGCUGCAGCUGCAGGAUGAGCGGCUGUCAAUCAUCGACAGAGACAACCGCCUGCUGGCCUCCAAGCUGGCCGACAUCGUUUGCUCUAAAGGUCUGGUGGACCACAGGAACCAUUACCACCCGAGGAGUCUGAAUGCUGACAAACGGAGGGAGGAACUUCUGCUGGUCAGCCGCCAGAAUCAGGCCAUCUACCAGCGAAUCACAUCCCGCCAGUCGGAGUACCGCCGCCAGCUGUGGUUGGAUGACUGGGAAAGGACGCAGUGUCGGCGGGACGAUAUUUCCCGCUACCCGCAAGGGUUCGGAGAUAAACAGGUCCAAAGAAGGAGAUGUGUGACAAUGAUGUGA